AUGACUUCUCUCCAGGAGAUUCAGACCAAGGUGGAUGAGGGACCCAAGAUGUUUCUUUACAUCGAGAGAGAGUGGCAUCGAAGUCUGAGCCAGACGGGGAUGAUUCCGGAAGGUCUUACCCGAUGUACUGAACUUCAGUGUACCCCAGACGAGAUUUAUCGGCUUGCUCAGUUAGAGGAGGCUUUUCGAUCCUGA